AUGCCUCGCAUCAAGAAAAUAGGUCGCCAGCGACACGGGGGCACGGUGCUUCAACCUCACUUCAAACCCGUUCACAAACAAUAUCGUGCGAUGACUGCAGCAAAAUCUGCAGCAAAGCAUGCUGCCAUCAGUGGGGCACUUCCUCAACCCAUCCGUGAUUUCCGCAUCCCUGUCACCAAGGCCGAACUCUCUAUGGACCAAUGGGAUGCGCGUGCACCCCACAGAAUUCAUUACGGUGUUCCGGAACUGAUAAGCUAUGGUGCAGGGGAUGCCGGUCAACUUGAGUUUUUGCGGGUUCCUGCUAUGAAGGACCAGCGGAUUCUCGGCUAUGUGCUCCUCCCCGCCAGAUAUCGGUCGUCCUGGGUGUAUCUUUGCUACUGUGUAGAGUACUGGCUCGCAGUGUGGAAAUGUUGGGAUGGUGAGUCAAAGAAGCAUCAAAAGCAGAAGAAAACAAAGGCGCAACAAGAGAGGGCAGUCCUGAUUGACACCUCUCGCAAGAACGCUGGUGCACGUUUCCUUCAAGCCAUGGUUGCCAGAAGAAUUGUGUUGGAGGAGUGCGUGGCGAACGGCGUGAAUGAUGAGCGGAUUAAAUCACUCGACGAGUUCCUCAUUCGCGAUCACCGAGAUUGGCUAUUCGUGGAGUUCGACGAGUUGCCUGACGAUGCGGACAUAUAUUUAGAGGCCGAUCCAUUGCACCCAGAAAACAAAAAGAUAUUCGAAACGGGCUGGGGCGUAAAUGUGAACGACAUCUCAAUGAUGCUUGGCCAGGCAGAUGAUGCAUGGAUGUCCAAGGGACUUGACCUCUCAGUAAUGUUCAAGAAAGAGAUGGAUGCAGCUCUCAAGAGGCUCAGAGACGGAGGGGAGGAGGUCCACAUCACACACGAUGAAAAUGCAGAAUUGCCAGACAGGUGGCAUGAGUCCCAUGAGCCACCAAUACAAUUCAUUAGCAAAAGAAAGGACCAGCUCCUUCGCGCGGUGAGGAGUGGAUGGACUUCACAUGUCUUAUGUGUCACCGCAACCAACCAAUGUCAUGAUUCGGUCAACCCCUCUGCAGGAGAGAAUGGAGCAAUGAUGCAGAUGAAUGUCAAUGACUCUUCUGAGAGCAUCACCACCCUUGCCAGUGAGGUUUCUGUAAGACAGGGCAUACAUUGGUGGCAAACAUUUUUAAACUUGGGAAGGGCCAAAACCUUGCUUGCCCUUGGCAUUUGCUCCCUGCAUGGAGGACAUACAGAAAAUGGACGUCCACCUGCUGGUACCUUAAGGAGCAAAUGGUUUAGUACUGAGAAGCCCUUGAGAAUAGGCCAUAAUCCGUUUAGCAAGCAAGAUUUGAGUGUGAUAGACGCCUUAUUUGGGGGAUCAAGUCCUGUUGAGGGUGGAGAUAUCAUAGAGGUGGAUUCAAAUGAUGAGGAUGGUGAGGAAGAUGAAAAUGUGACUCCGUAUUACACAUUUGCGCAAGUUUUCACGCUGUGUCAGCAGCUCGAAGAUGCUUGCCUUCAAUUUAGAGAACUUGAGCAGUCAUAUCAUCUGUCGAGGCAGCUGCGGCCAUUUAGGGUUUGUUGUGUGGCGGUAUGGUGGAGACGCAAUCUGUGGUUGACAGACCUGGGCAAGAAGCCCGACACCCCUGCGCUCAUAUACUCCGAGGCGGCAUUGCUCAAUGACCAACGUAUGCAUGGGUUCUGUCCUCCCAGGGGAAUGGUUUCUCUCCCUGAUAAGGAUGGCGUGGUCUGGAGUCAUCCAGACACCAUAUAUACCUUCCCUUCUCCUGCCAAGGGGAAGUCCGGACUUGGCUGA